UGAUUGGCUGAAAAUGACAUCAUCCAGUCCAGAUCUAUUGUUGGAAAGUUGAUGAGCUCAUCGUUGAGAAUCCAGUGUGAGACACACGGUGAAGAGGAAGGAGCUCGCUGCAGCGGACACCUCAGUAUGGUCUUGUCUCGGGAUACAGAGAUGGAGCGGCCCCCGCUGUCCGUCAUCCUGCCGCAGCUCUACCUCGGAGCAGAGAGCGACGUGACGCAGGACCAGCUGGCCUCGCUGGGUAUCUCCUAUGUGCUGAGUGUGAGUCGCUGCAGCCCCCAGCCCUCCUUCCUGCCUGGUUCCAGGUAUCUCCGCAUUCCCAUUGAUGACUCUCUGUGGGACAACCUGCUGCCCUGGAUCCCACAGGCUCUGCAUUUCAUCGAUGUAGCCGUGUCGUCGGGGGCUUCGGUGCUCGUGCACUGUGCAGCAGGAAUUUCCCGCUCCCCAGCUCUGGCUGUUGCCUAUGUCAUGUACAGUCUGGAAAUGGACCUGGACCAUGCUUACAGGUUUGUGAAAGAGCGCCGGCCCUCCAUUUCCCCAAACUUCAACUUCCUGGGUCAGCUGCAGCACUUGCAGGGUGCUCUGAGCCAAAAGUCGCGUGGUCACGACCUCCUCGUCCAGCAGCUGGCCAGCUGCCUGCCAUCUGCUAGCGACAGUGUGAACCUCUCUCACAGCAGUCACAACAGCAACUGUCAAGCUAAGAGCGUCCCUGCAGACUCAGCUCACCACACAGACAGAGCCCAGCAGAGACGCUGGCUGUCAGACAGCACUGACAACAAGCAGCAGCAGCUGUGGACUCUUGGUUUGCCUCCCCGUCGUGACCUGCAGCCUGUCCAGAAACCAUCGGAAGUUUCAGCUUCCCGUCCCUGUGAGCCCAUCAACCCAACGUUAAAGGCCACCCAACUACAACUCCCAUCAGGCUCUGCUUCUCUGUUAGAGAAACGUAAAAGCCUUACCCUCUCUUUGACCCCUUUGGGAAUAUGCCCUUCCUCCACAGCAAACGAGAGGCAACAAGAAAAAAUGGUCGAGAGCAGGAAGAUUGGCGAGAGCGCCGAGGUGAAGAGUUACCCCGACUCCUACAGGAAGCAGCGUCUCUCUGCCAGCCAGCACAGCAGAGCUGAGGUCAAGGAAAAGGGCCUGCUCUCACCUUUCAGCGUCACCCUCAACAAGCUGCUGGGUUGGGGGGAGAGGAUACUGCUGGGAGGUGUUUUUGUGCACCCUGUGCAGAUGGGACAGCCCGCACUACCUUACAGGUGCUGAGGACACAAGGAAGCAGGUCGAAGGAGUUAUCUGUGCAUGUUUGUGAGAAGAAACCAAACUACACAGCUGAUGUGUAAUGAAAGAACCAAUUUAUUUAUUUAUUUGUUGCAGAGUUGAAUCUAUGAAAAUGAGCUGAAAAGAC